ACACACACACACACACACACACACACCUUCCUCCUUUUCUUCUGGAUCCUCACCUCUUCCGAUCACCCAACAGGUCACGAUGUCCAACAACACCUCCAUCCCCGAUCACAACAACAGUACAGGACACAUCAACAUCUUCCUUGUGUGCAUGUACUCCUUCGUCUUCAUUGUGGGUUUAAUUUUCAAUCUCAUAGCAAUGGUCUUUUUCCUCCACCACACCAAGUCCAGAUCACAAACCGUAGUCUACAUGACUAACCUGGCCAUAGCAGAUGUACUGCUCAUCCUCACGCUGCCCCUGAGGAUCUACUACCAUCUGGGAUUUGACGACCUUCCUCAGUGGCUGUGUGACGUCCUUGGUUUGGUCCUGAAGGCCAACAUGUAUGGGAGCAUCUUUCUCCUCACUUCCAUUUGCUUCGACCGCUGCAUGGCCGUCGCCUUCCCCAUGUCGACCCGUGUCCAGGAAGGGAGGAAGAAAGCGCCGCUGGUUUGUCUCGGAAUAUGGAUGCUCACCUUUGGUGCCAGCGUGCCCAUCUACCUUUCCCAGCGCACACAAAAUCUCAACAAGGAUUGUUUUGAUAGCCUGCCGGCCUAUGCCACAAAGCUUGUGGUGGUUUUACCCACUCUGUUUGUGGGGUUUGGAAUCCCACUCGUAAUCAUGCUGAUCUGCUCCUGGGGUCUGGCCCGUACUGUCGGAAGGAGCUCCGUGGCCCAGACCAACCUGGUCGACGGCAGAAAGAUUCAGAGGAUGAUCGCCACCAGCCUCCUCAUUUUCAUACUCAGCUUCCUCCCUUACCACGCCAUCUUGGUUCUCCUCUAUCUGUAUGGAGAUACUAUACCAGACCCAAUGCAGGCUGCAUACCGCUACAGCCUGAUGGUGGCAUGUUUCAACACAGUACUAGAUCCCGUCGCAUACUAUUUCACCACGGACACCUUCAGGAGGAGUGUCGAUGUGGGCGCCGUUCGGAGGAUGUUUCCUUUUAAUAGCCAAACUUCUGAGACUAACAACAGGAGUAGAAUACCUAACGGCUAACGGACGGACUGCUGAAGAACCACUCAACAGACACUGCCAUCCGAAAGCUUCAAAGCUGGUUCGCCAGUCCAACCCAGUCAUUCCCAAAGACUGGUCUUGAACAUUUAAAACUGCAGUAAACUUUUGAGGAACGUAUGAGGAAGCCUGGAUGUUUGUAUUGUUCUGAUAAUUUUAGCCUAUUUAUAAAAUGUAAUCUAACAUGAAAGGCUCCAGGCUGGAGCGUCCACAAGUGAAAACAUUGACCGACUUUUCCCCUGGCCUUAAAAUGAGUCUCGUACCCUGAUUGUGUCUAGAAUCACCUGAUAACAUUUACACCGUGUAUUAAUAUUUGUCUCCAGUGUCCACAUUGAGAUCCGAUGGCGAACCGGUCACUCUGUCGAGCUCAAACAACGUCACAUCCCCCUCUCGUUUUGCUUGCAUACUUUAGUCAGACCAAACACUUGGUCUUGUCUUGACUCUUUCCACGAGUGUCUUGAAUAUCCAUUUUGAGAAGCUAUCUUGCAGCUUUCUUGCUAGUAGCGUAGCUCGCUAACUGUCUAAUUGCAGUCACGCAUGAUAACGUAUUUUUCGCCCACGUAGUUUUUCUAUGUGGACACGCAAUUGCAUUUACACUUGUUGUUCACUGUGCUCACAAUGUGUCCCUGACAACCUCCUGAGG